AUGGCGUCAGUAAUCAAAGACUUGAACUUGAGUGAAUCCGAAAUCGAUGCUUUCAUUAAACAUUAUCAUACGGCUGAUUGUACAUUCCUACGGAAUAUCCCGUCGGCCACUGUGAAUUACGAAAGUGCAGAUCAUCGAUUAAGGAUCAAAUUGGAAUGUCAGGCACGUAAUCGUUUUUUCCGUGAAGAACUGCAAAAGCUGCCAACUGAUGAAGAUAUUAUGUUAUUAGGUGUGACUUACGAAAAUAGUAUGUCAAAUAAUGUUACUUUGAUCAAACAUCGUCGGCUCGGUCCUUGGCCUCCUGACGAGAGUAACGCUAAAGUCCAGAUGGUUUUUCAUGGAAUGUUAGAAAAACAUUCUUGUUCCUCAUCAGAAGAUGGUUUUAAACUGAUCGGUUACUUUGGAUAUCAGGCAUGCGUUGCGUCAUGUAAUGCUGCAAUUCGUCGUUUAGUUUCUGUAAAAUUAUUCUUGGAUUUACAUAUUGCGAACAAAAAAGAUGUAUAUGGAAGAAUACCUAUCGAUCUUGUUACGAAUUUUGUGCGAACGAAGAAAGAUAGGAUUAAUAAAAUGAUAGGCUUAAGUUACUAUGAUUCAUCGAGGAAGGGUUAUCUUACGCCGGAGGUAGUAUUAAAUAUGUUGUUUUUUUUUCAGAAUGAUGAUCAAGGUUAUUAUUUGUGCAUGGCUACUCGCAAAUUCUUCUUCUUUUUGGACCCAGUGCGGCAGAAAAAAAUAAUGAUCACUGAUAUUAUUGCGAGCAAAUUACUUGAUGAAAUGGAAAGUGUGGAAGAAGCUUCGUUAUUGGAGCUAGAAAAAGAUAGCAUAGGAGAAUAUUUUAGGUUUUCGAAAGCAAACUUCAUUCGUAUCAGAGAAUCUUAUAAAGUAUUAGAUUUAGACUCAAAUGGUCUUUUGAGUUUGGACGAGAUGACAAAUUUUCAGCGCCUUACGAAUACUUUUAUUCAAAGGAUCUUUGAAGUACAACAAACAUAUUACAAUAAUGAGAUCGAUUUGAAUGGAUUUUGUGAUUUAUUGCUUGCAAUGCAAUAUAAAUCGGAUAGUUCAGCUCUAAGUUAUUACUUUCGAAUAUUAGACGUUGAUGGAGAUGGAUUUUUGAAUGCUGCAGAUUUAUACUAUUUUUACAGAGACAUUGCUGAAAUGUUGGAUUCUUGUAUCGCGGAUGAUGAUGCUUCGCAAAAAGCACCACCUUUUAAUGAUGUUAAGGAUGAAAUAUUUGAUAUCUGUCGGCCGAAAGAUCCGCUUAGAAUAUCGCUAAAGGAAUUGAUAGCCUCAGGGAAAGGAGGCACAAUUGUCGGUAUGCUGACAGAUUUAGAUGAUUUUUUAAAUUACGAAAAUCGUGAAGGCGUUGUUUAUGAAGAAUGA